ACGAUUAAUGGUCAACUCAAGCAAUCCACGUACACAAACAGAGGGAAUCGAAAAUGGCGUCGCACAUUCUUCAGGUAUCCAGUUCCAUGUCUCUACAUCAACAGUUACGCACUCUCUCCAAAACACUAUCCCUUCCCUCUCAUCCUCACCGACUCAGAUCCCUCUCUUCCAAUUGCAAAAUGUCGACCGAGACCGAGUCAUCAUCCCCUCUGACUCACUCCAUCACCCUCCCGACUCAACUCGCUGAACCCGUCCAGAUUGUCGCCGCACCUGGCAUCUCCGACUUCCAAUUCAGGACUGCUAUUAAUUCCUCAUUGUUCAAGCAGUGGUUAAAGAACUUGCAAACUGAAACUGGAAUUUUAGCUAACAAUGCCAUGUCUCUUAAACGUGUACUUCUCCAGGGAGUAGAUAUGUUUGGAGAGCGUGUCGGGUUUCUCAAAUUCAAAGCUGACAUUGUUGAUAAGGAAACAGGAAAAAAAGUUCCAGGUAUCGUAUUUGCACGAGGACCAGCUGUAGCCAUAUUGAUCCUCUUGGAGUCAGAGGGUGAAACUUAUGCUGUUCUUACUGAACAGGUUAGGGUCCCUGUUGGGAGGCUUAGUUUGGAAUUGCCUGCUGGAAUGUUGGAUGAUGACAAGGGUGAUUUUGUUGGCACUGCAGCGCGGGAGGUUGAGGAGGAGACUGGAAUACACUUAAAUUUAGAAGACAUGAUUGAUCUUACAGCUUUCCUUGAACCAUCCACAGGAUGCAGAGUCUUUCCAUCUCCGGGUGGGUGUGAUGAAGAAAUUAGCCUCUUUUUGUACCGGGGGCACGUGGAUAGAGAGAUCAUCACGCAGCUGCAAGGAAAAGAAACGGGUCUUCGUGACCACGGUGAACUCAUUAAGGUCCGUGUGGUUUCAUAUAAAAAUCUGUGGCGCAUGACAGCUGAUUCAAAGGUUCUGAUGGCCAUUGCUCUCUACGAAAUGGCCAUGAGAGAAGGGCUACUGCUUCAAUCAAAAACCUAAUCCACUAACAUUUCUAAACACUAGAGGCUUUUGAUGAUGGGUUAGAACCCUCACCAAAUUCUGUUUUAUGGACUGAUGGAAACUAUUUAUCCCAAUUUCUGAAUAAAUUUGCUUUUUGGGAAAAUAA